AUGAUGGCAGCAAACAGGAGCCAGAAAAUGCAGAAUGGAAGCACAGAGGAGAACGUGCUGCAAAGGGUCUUGCAGCUGCCGGUGGUGAACGCAACCUGCGAAAGCCUUCAGAGGACGUACACCAGCACCAAAGAGGUACACCCACUCGUGGCAUCGGUGUGUGAGGCCUAUGAGAGAGGAGUCAAGGGGGCCAGCUCGCUGGCUGUGUGGAGCAUGGAGCCUGUGGUGCGCAGACUGGAGCCUCAGUUCACAGCUGCCAACAUCCUGGCCUGUAGGGGCUUGGAUCACCUGGAGGAGAAGAUCCCUGCCCUCCAGUACCCAGUGGAGAAAAUUGCAUCUGAACUGAAGGGCUCCAUCUCCACCCCCAUUCAAAGUGCCAGGAGCACCAUUGGCAACUCCAUAGCUGGCACCUUGGACAGGGUCUUGGGGCUGACUGCUGAGGGUUAUGAGCUGACCAAGAGCACAGCAAGAAACACAGCAGAAUACACCUGGAGCAGCCGGGUUAGCCAGAUGGCAGCUGCUGGGGUAGAUGGAGCCCUGGGACAGCUAGAGAAGCUGGUGGAGUUUCUCCUCCCAGAAGAGGAGCAUGAGCCAGGUCAUGAGCCCACAAGGAUGCAUGGAUCUGAAGUGACGCCCUCCCAGCCAAUGCCUGGCACCUUCACCAGGAUCGGUGCUUUGGCCAGCACCAUCUCCCACCGCGCCUACCAGCAGACAGCCAGAACCAUCCAGCGCACUAGAGCCAGAGGGCAGGAGCUGACCACAUGGAUUCCAGGCUUGGGUGCCGUGGCCAGGCAGAGCACGGCCAAGGCCCAGCAGGUCUUGUAUGAUGUGCAGAAUGCAGCAGCUGGUUGGCUGAGCAAGGAGCAAAGUAAGGAGUCAGAACAGGAGCAAGAGAAGGAGGAGCUGAAGAAAGAAGAAACCAAAGCAAGUGAGAUGGCUGAGGGUGCCAAGACUCCAAGCCUCCUGGGCAGCAUGGCCCAGAGCCUACAAACUGCCUAUCUCUCCACCAUCUCCAACGUGAAGAGGGUCCCCUCUGCUGCUUGGGGGACAGCUGGGGAGCUGCUCCAACUCACCCCUCGCAAGGCAGCUUCCAUAGCCAGAGAGAAGGUGGGCACUCUGGGGGAUGCCCUACGCAGCAUCACUGGGAGCAUGGUGGAGACCCUUUCCCACUACGUGCCGCUCCCCAGGCUGCUGGCAAAGAAAGAGGAGCCGGCGCAUGAGAAUGAGCCCCCUCCUGAGCCACAACGAAGUCGGGAGGGCUCCAGGCCUGUGGCUCCCCCGUCCCCGGAGAAAUCCCAGUUGCGAGGAGACUGGCGAGCCAACCGAGCUCACCAUCCCCUCUCCUUCCUGGGGCUGGAGGAUCCCUUCUUCCUGCAGCCGAUCUCCAUCCAGCGCCAGGCUCCACAGCGGAGUCCAACCUUCGAGCCCGACUACCCCCUGUCCCGCAAAUCCGCCUUCUCCCCCUACAGGGAGGGGCUCAGCACCAGGAGGGUGAGCAAAAAUUCAUACCGCUACAGCCCGGAGCCUGUGUACACCAGGGCUAAUUAUAGCAACCUCUACACCAUGGCCUUCAAGAAGGACUGA